UCCUCGAAAAAGUAUCAGGGUGAUCCUCACGCACCGCCAUGGCCUUUUCGAAUUAUAGUUGCAGGAGCUAGCAAUUCGGAUUUUCGUGAAAAUGCAACGCAUAUUGUACUUUGCAGUGGUGGAGGUUCAACUCGAAAACUUGCUGACAUUAUAAGUCCUUAUACAGAUGCUGAUCCGCACAAAGCUUCAAAGGUCCUCGAUGGUUAUUUGAGACAAAAGGAAUUUGUG